GGUCCUGGUGGGGCAGUCACUGCUGUUGUGUUGUGUGUGGAGAUCGCUCAGAGCAGCAGCCCCUGAUCAUGUGACUCCUCCUCCAUGUGACUGAUCACAUGACGGUGACAUCAUCGCAGGUCCUGUAAGCACAUGGCUCUUCUACAGAUACAGGUUUCUCCAAUCCAGGAUCCUCUGCUGAUAUCUUCUAUAUAAGAGAAUUCUCCUGGAUGACCCAUCAACCAUGGAGAGAGACAGGAACAAGAUGGCCGACAGAAUCAUAAACCUCACCGUACAGAUACUUUUCCGGCUUACUGGAGAGGAUUACACAGUAGUGAAGAAGUCCUCUAGUGGGCGCUGUCGGGCCCCUGUGUGUGAAGGAUGGGGAAGAACCCUGAGCCCAAUCCCGGGGCCCCCACCUCACUCCCUGAUACAUGAGGAAAUGGAUGAACAGAAGAUCCGAGAACUCAUCAACAAGAUGAUGGAACUGCUGACUGGAGAGGUUCCUAUAAGGUGUCAGGACGUGGCGGUCUAUUUCUCCAUGGAGGAGUGGGAGUAUGUAGAAGGACACAAGGAUCAGUACAAGGAUCAGGUGAUGAUGGAGGAUCAGCAGCCCCUCACAUCACCAGUCAGAUCCAGUAAGAGAUCAGCACCGGAGAGGUGUCCCCGUCCUCUUGAUCAGCAGUAUAAGGAGAACAUUUUUUCAGAGAAAGAUCUGAUCUAUAUUAAUGCUAUGGACAUAAAGGAAGAGACAGAUGUGAGCAGUGAUAAGCAGUAUAAUGAGGACAUUCUGACAGGAAAAGAUCUGAACAAUAUUAAUGCUACAGAUAUGAAGAAAGAAGAAGAGACAGAUGUGAGCCGUGAUGAGCAGUAUAAGGAGGACAUUCCUACAGGGAAAGAUCUGAACAAUAUUAAUGCUACAGACAUAAAGGAAGAAGAAGAGACAGAUGUGAGCAGUGAUGAGCAGUAUAAUGAGAACAUUCCUACAGGUAACCACCCAGAUUCUUGUAGCAGGAGAUCAGAGGAGAAUCUUAUAUCUUCAGAUUAUAAAGCAGAUGAUGAUAUCACACAAGAUACAUAUGAAGAACAUUCCAUUAUCCCAGAUACACCCUCAGCCCUUCACAGCCAAGAUCUGUCAUCUCAUCCUUAUAUACAGGUCCUGUCUUCUCAGUCAUCACAGAAAGGUCACAGAAGGGGUGUUGGACACCAACAAGCUCAUACGGGAAAGAAACCAUAUUCAUGCUCAGAAUGUGGGAAAUGUUUUACUAAGAAAUCAAGCUUUGUUGAUCAUCAAAAAAUUCACACAGGAGAGAAACCAUUUUCAUGUUCAGAGUGUGGGAAAUGUUUUAUUAAGAAAUCACAUAUUGUUAAACAUCAAAGAAUUCACACAGGGGAAAAGCCAUUUUCGUGUGCAGAGUGUGGAAAAAGUGUUGCUGAUAAAUCAAAUCUUGUUUAUCAUCAAAAAACUCACACAGGGGAGAAGCCAUUUCCAUGUUUAGAAUGUGGAAAAUGUUUUACUCAGAAAUCAGAUCUUGUUAAACAUGAAAGAACUCACACAGGAGAGAAGCCAUUUUCUUGUUCAGAAUGUGGAAAAUGUUUUACUAAUAAAUCAAGUCUUGUUCAUCAUCAAAGAAUUCACACAGGGGAGAAACCAUUUUCAUGUUCAGAAUGUGAAAAAUGUUUUAUUAAGAAAGCAACACUUAAAAGACAUAUAAGAACUCACACAGGAGAGAAGCCAAUUUAGAGCAAUAAAUUACGCAGAUAACACAUCUAUAUAUUAACCAUGUACAUAGGAUAUCUGACAUUUAUAUAUAUCAUAGAAUGCAGGUGUCUCAAACUGGCGGCCUCCAGAUGUUGAAAAACUUCAACUCCCAGCAUGCCUGUGAGGGGAGUCAGCUUGUUAUAGGUUUUUAUAUAACCUUUUAUAAUAAUCCUUUAUAUGAUUAUACGCCAUUUUGUAUAUCAUCACCAUGUUGUCUAUAGUCCACCAUCUUGUCUAUGUUCCUUCAUUAUGAACUGAGUGUGAACUUUACCAGAAUUAUAACCAGGAAACUUGUAAACAAGAACCACAACUGCUGAGCGUACAGAAAACUCCAAGGCUACUGAGUCUGAAGACGUUCACACUUCCCGUCCUUCCUACUUAGAGAUAAGACGCCUGUUUGUAACCAGGUAUCAUUGGGCAGUUUGCCGUCCUUUCAUCUUUGCCUAUAAGAAUUCUGCUGUAUGUAGUAAACGUCAGAAGACGCUGUAUACAGAUCCCAGUCUGUGUCAUUUCUUCCAAUCUAUCAGGCCUCAUUGAUAAAACAUUUCCAAUUUGGCCUCGAACAGCAAAUGUACCUGAAGGAAUUGGUUAAAUUCCUUAACAUGGCCGACAACGGUUAUCUGCAGCCAACGGCUGUCCGGGCAUGUCCUGGCGUGCUGGGAGUUAAAGUUAUACAACAUCUGGAGGGCCACCAGUUUGAGACCCCGAUAUACUGCA